AUGGCUAAUAACGGCUCACUGGGGGUUGGUCAACCCUUCCAAGCCAUGGAUGAGCAAAUUAUGGCAGUUCAGGUUCUGAUAGCUGUUUUCCUUUCCAUCAACAUUGUGCUGCUCACAACUUUUUUCAUGAAGGAAAUUUUUUACACCACCAUGCGCUACAUUUUUUUUGCCACCACAUUAAUGUCUGACUGUCUGAUCCUUGUUCUGACAGAUGCCAUGCUCUUACAGGUCUACUUCAAUUUGAAGAUUCCAGUGGGACUGUGCUGUUUUUUGACCAUUUUGUCAAUUUUGUACACGCUGGUCACUCCAUUCACUCUGACGGCGAUGAGCCUGGAGCGCUACGUGGCCAUCUGCAUGCCUCUGAGACACGCAGAGCUGUGCUCCCCACGCAGCACGUUGAACUGCAUCCUCAUCAUUCACGGCCUCAGCUCUCUUCCCUCCAUCAUCACGUUUGUUAUCGUCUUUGCAUCGGCCCCGCUGAGUUUUUACCAACAAAACACCGUCUGCAUUCUAAAAAUCUUUACUUUCCACAAAUGGAAAAAUGAACUCCUGGCAGCGAUAAAUCAGUUCUACUUUAUAAGCAUGUGCAUCACUGUUAUAUAUUGUUAUGUGCAGAUAAUGAAAGUAGCUAAAACUGCAUCAGGGGAGGAUAAGAAGUCGGUUUGGAAAGGCAUCAAGACUGUGGCCCUUCAUGCUUUCCAGCUGCUGCUCUGUCUCAUCCAGCUGUGGUGUCCAUUCAUAGAAAACGCUGUGUUUGAAAUUAACAGGAAAGCAUAUACAAUCAUCAGGUACUUUAAUUAUGUUGUGUUUUAUCUUGCUUCCAGAUGUCUGAGUCCUCUGGUGUACGGCCUCAGAGAUGAGAGCUUUUAUCUUGCACUAAAACAUUACGUAUACAACUGUAGCUUCAUUAACUUUCAUCAGAGGUGA